AUGGCGCUGAUACUGCGUAUUGUUCCGACUCUGUUGCUGGUCCUACAGGCUCUGUGCAUUCUACCCAGAACAUUGAGCUACCCCGCCAGAGCUUACGAUCAAGAUGAUGAUGACCUCGAGAUGCAAAAAAAAUAUUUCCUCGAACCAUUCGGAGACUCCUUACUGGACAAGAGGUCCUCCUACCGAGGUUUGUACCCGAGCCAGCUGGACAAUGUAAGGUACCAGUCUGAACCCUAUGAAGUAGCCUACUCUGGCAAAUAUGGCCAUUUUGAUGGAAGCCGACAUCAAAAAAGAUACUUUCUCGAACCUUUCGGUGAUUCGCUGUUGGACAAGAGAAGCAACUACAGAAUGUAUGAGAAUGUGCCAUUGGUCAAACCAGCAAAAGUGGACAGUCGUAAGAAGCAUUUGGAUUUUUAUAUUAACGAUGAUGUUGUUCAGAAACGUUAUUUCUUGGAGCCGUUUGGCGAUUCCUUAUUGGACAAAAGAAGCAGCGGUCACAAAUUUGAAAGCUCGUCAUUGGCCUCCGAAAAUUUAAAAUCAACCAAUGGAAAGAAAGAAAAAUCGGUCAUCAACGAAUAA